UUUGUUACAUUGUCGAGAACUGAUAACACUGAUAGAGAUUACAAAGGACAUUUCGUUGAGCCGGCAAAUGACGAUGGCCUUCUUUAAAUAAUGGAGUGUAUUGCUGCCGAGUAGAGCGAGGCGGAAAAAAAAUAAUGAAAGCUUUGCCGAACAAUUGAGUUGUGAUGAAUGAGAAUAAUGAUCCUCCACCACCUGCUAACAACAGUGUGUUGUUGCAACAAUUUGGACAGUUCCUGCAGACUAUUCAACCAUUGCUUGCCACUCAAUCUUCAUCAGCAUCAGAUGCUUUGUCAAUACAGUCUGAAGUAACUCAACCAGAGAGACAGUCACAGAUUGCAUCACAGACUGAGAGCUCAAAGCAGUCACAUCCAAGGCAGAUCUUUUCCCCAAGCCGUUUACGUAUACCAUCGGCAAGGAUGAAUUCUAGUGCUACAUUGUCCCUUUUGAGGGCAGAGUCUGCUGAUCAAGGCAAUUCUGAAGAUGACUUUGUGCAGCAAUCAAGUAUGGUGAGUAUGGUAAUGCCUGUUCUUAGACGUCCCAAGCGGACAAGGGCAGUGGCGGUUGAAGUCAAGGGAAAGAGGAGGGGACGAGUUAUCACAAAAGACGUUGUAAUACUGCCUCACACAACAUCAUCACAUCUUGACACCUACACUAUGCCUACAUCAAACAUGAUAACAGAGUUGGCAAAGAGGAACAUGGUGGGAAAAAUUACAUUUUCUUCUGUUGACAAAGAAGAUGCUGUAAGGAGUGAAAUAAAUUCACUUUUUGGGGAUUUCAGUUUCGCAUAUCUGCAGGUUAUGCCAGGAAAUAAAAGUCUCAAGAAACCAUUUGUUUCCAAGAGUGUCAGGUUUGAUGCAACUACCUUGAUAACCAUGAGCCCACAGGGACGAAUGUACAUUUUGGCACUAGAACCUGUCCCCAGUGCAUCAAGUAUAGAGAGCGAUGAGGAUGACAAGGAAAACAACUUGGAUGGCAUUGAGAACCACAAAGCAGGUGAAAUGGAGUGUCAUGAAGCUGACAGAAGCACUAGUGUCCAUAGAACAUGCCCAGCUGGUCACACUCUGGAAGGUCUUGGUAGUAACUGUCUUUGCUGUGAGCAAGACAGAGAGUAUGCACAGGUUUUGGCUAUUGACCGUGAAAUAAGAAGAAGAGAGGAAGCAGAAAGGAGGCAAGCUACUGAAGCUGCUGAGGCAGUUGAAUUAAUAAGAUUGAGGAGGCAAACAAGAUUGCUCGCUGAGCAAACAGAUUCAGAUCAUGGAUUUGAAAUAAAGAUACGAACGCAAGAGGGAGUCCUGUCCAGAAAAUUCUUGGAAUGUCAGGACAUUCAGGUGCUGAUGGACUUCAUUGGCUCACAGUCAAGUGCAACUGAGUUUUUUACUGUUAGGGGUGCAACAAUGGAGAUGGCACUAGAGUCGUCUUUGUCAGGCAAGCCAUUGUCACACUUUGGGAUAACUGGCCCAACGGUGCUAAAUUCUGUCUGGAUGACAGAAAGCGAGACAGCUGAUAAUGGUGAGCAGACAUUUGCUGAUACUCCAACUAUUGGUAGUGCUUCUACUAUUGAGACUAUGAAGGAGCCUAGAAAAAUAGAUGAUCUCAUUGAAGCAUGCAGUUUGAAGCUUGAUCCGAACAUAUCAAUUAUCUCAAUCCUGCGUGAAGAUGCUAUUGACACCCUUCUUGUGGAAGUUGCCCGUUUUAAGCCUGGAUCAAGGUUACAUAUUGAGUUUGAGGCGGAGGAUGGCUGUGAUGGUGGAGGGUUAUUGAGAGAGCUUAACAGCCUUGUCUUGAAACAGUGGGAGAAAUCUUCUCUCAGCAAUGCUUCUGGUAGUGGUUUCUCCAUAAAUGCUUCUGCCUUAGACAACCAGGACUUUCAGACCCUUGGACGCUAUGUUGGUAGUACAGUUGCCCAGGGCACAGUUGGCUUGCCUGUAUUUACAGAGCCUUUAGCUAAGUUUAUUAUUAAAGGCAGUCUAGGAGAAGUGACAAAGCAACACUUUGAAACAAAGGAGCAGCAACAGUUAGCAGAAAAGGUUCUGAAUUGCAAAUUAGAUGAGAUAGAUGACAUUGUGGAUAGGCUUUCAAUUGGUUGUUCGAAGCCUUCCUCAGCCCUGUGUGAGGCUGACAGAAAAUGCUGGCUCCGAGGCCUCUACAGGAGAGAUGUGCUGUCCAUGCAGUUGCCUGCCAUCAUGGAUUUUCAGAGAGGUCUGCAACCAUUCCUCUCAGUCUGGAAAUCAACGCCAGAGGCAGAGGAAGCUGCAUUGCAUUUUUUGAGCCUUGACCUCAUUCCCAAAAAAAACCAGAACGAGUUCUUAGAACUCUUCAAGCUAAAUAAGUAUGGUGCAUGUGGUUCUCAGCUGGCAAGACAAGAGGACAAGGCAUAUGUCUAUUUCAAGUCCUUCCUGAAAGAUGCGUUCGCAGGGCUUGCUUUGUGCAAAUCAGAAUCACCACGUAGCGACUAUGAGCCUGCCAAGGAGGAUUUGCAAAUCUCAGCUGAGGAAGUUUUGCGCUUCUUCACCGGCAGCACCAUGGAACCUCCAGGAGGAUUUUAUAAGCCAAUACUCAUCCACUUUGAUCCCAACUUCAAAAGUCCAAAAAUAAGCACCUGUGCGCUGAAUGCAACAUUCCCCUUAGAUUUAAAAGCACAAACUCGAAAAGCUGGGGAACGUUACUGCAAGUGGAUGGUAAUGGGAGAUGGGUUCGGUCUUAGUGACUGAAUAGUGAGAUCUUAACCUUUACAGCAAAAUAAUUGCCAUUUGAUUAAAGAAACUUUAUAUUAUUUUUUGUUACAGAUUAACACAAAAAAUGUGUUUCGGUUUUUUGAUAGAUGCUUUUUGGUGUGGAGAAAAAGAUAAGUCAAUCAAUAAUCAGUGUAACAUCCUUUGAUGUAUACAUAUUGUAUUACAGUACUCAUUGAGUCUCAUCAGAGCACUACUUCUGACUAUUUGUUGCCAUAAGCAAGUAAAUGUAUUUUAGAAGUCGGUUACAGACUCCACAAUUAAAGGUGGCAUUAAUUCGUUUGAAUUUCAGUUGAACAGUUUUUGUUUGUGUUAAUUUAUGUAUGGUGUUUAUAUAUUAUGGUUUUCUCGUAAGUAUUUCUGAUUUACUGCUGAAAAUGAAGGCGUAAUUUGAAGUUUAUUUUUGUCCAGGCCUUUUAUAGUCCAGUCAAUUGAGCAUAAAUUUGACCUUAACCUUAAAGUUAUUGCAACAGAAGAUUUUUUAGUUUUAAUCUUUAGCAUAUUAUACCCCAAAUAUACACAGAAAAAGUCAAACAAGAUCUAAUUUGUGGAAGACUAAAAAAUCACGAUUUUAAUAUUCCUAUGGAGAUUUGCAUUGAAAAUGAGAGAUAAGUCUGCAAAAAAAAAGGAAUAUCAAUACAAAUUGGAACAAAAUUAUAACUUUACCGUUUCUAUUCAUCAGAAUGUAUUGAUUCUUGAUAUUUUAGCCGUCUAUAUAGAGAAUAACAAACAGCUCUAAAAGUGUUUUCAUAUCUUUAAUCAAGCUACAACCAAGAUUUCAAAAUUCAUUAGUUGACCAUUUAUUAAUUUUUUCAACUUGUCAUGGUAAAGAAUAUCAAACUUCAUAAAAAUAAUUAAGCAUAUAUUCUUCUUUUUGGGCUUUAAAGUUUCUUUAAACAAAGAAGUUGCCGAACAAAUAUAAUUUACAGAAAUAAACCAUACCAAAUUUUCACAUUAUUAUUUCAAAAUGGUCAUAAAGCAACACAUUUGCUAUUUCUUUAAUGAAAAAUGUGCAAAAAAAAAUACCCAUAACACUUUGGUUUUGUGCAUUUCAUGAGCAGAAGAUUAUAUAAUAUAGUCAAAUAGGAACUUAUAACCCCGUCAAAGUUUCAUACUUUAUGUGAAUUUUAAGAAAAUCAACAAAAAAUUGACAACAAAAAAAGACUUGUUUUUAGUUAUCUCCCCUUUCCAAUGUUAAUUUCCAUAGGAAAUUAAAAAUGCUGAUUUUGAGCUUUCCUCAAGUUAAAUUUUAUGGGACUUUUUUCUGUUUAUAUUUGUGGCUUAAUGCUAUAGAUUAGAACUAAAACAUUUUCUGAUGCAAUUAGUUCGAGGUUAAAGCUUAAUUUGACUGGACUAGUAUGGUACAUUGUCCAUUGGUAAACAUCUUCAUAUUGAUCAAUUGUACAUUGUAAUCUAUUUUUGAUGCACUCCACCAUCAACUUCCUGUCUUUGCUGGAAUUGAGUUUUUUUUCAGUGAAUGAGAUGUUUUAUGGAUAACUUUCAUCACAAACAAAAAAAUAAAAUGGAAUGAUAUCAAAAUUUGAUACAUAGCUUCACAUUCAUCAGUUACAUGAAGUAAGCCAUUUUAAUUUUACCAUAAGUAACAAAGUUGCGGAGGGUAUAAUGUUUUUGACCUGUCCAUCUGUCUUUCAUCACUCUCUCUGUCCGUCCUUCAGUUCUGUUCUCGUCAUCACAACUCCUCUGAAACCACACAACAGAAUUUCAUGAAACUUUGAAGAUAAUAAGGAUGUAGAUGUGCAUAUCUACAGGAAAUUUCGAUUCUAUUUUUUUUCUAGGAGUAAUGCUCUUUAACUUGUAAUUUUUGCCUAAAUAUACUUCUGCAACAGUUUGUCAUCGCAUUUCCCCUGAAACCACACAACAGAAUUACGUGAAACUUUGUAGAUGUGCAUAUUGACAGGAAACUAUGAUUAAAUUUUUUUUCUGGGAGUUAUGCCCCUUUAACUUUGAAUUUUCGCUGAAAUUUAAUACUGCAACAGUUUGUCAUCACAACUCCUCUGAAACCACACAUCAGAAUUUCAUGAAACUUUGUAGUUAAUGAGGACAUAAUAUGUAAAUGUGCAUAUCCACAAGAAAUAUUUUAUCAGUUGACUUUUGUAGAGUUAUGAGUCUUUGACCUUAGGAAUCUGUGAAGAUUUUGUGUGUCCAGUGAGAAUAUGGGGGCGUGGGGUAUGUGAGCAUGCUCACAAAGGUUCUCUAACUGCUGUCCAACUUUGAGGGGGGAUAUACCUAGUAGUGCUAGCACAUGACGGGCAUCUUUCAUGCUUCAGUUAUGUUUACAUUGCUUUACAUUCAUUUAUGUUUUGAUUCAAAUUUUAAGAACUAUCUGUUAUUUAAGAAAUAAUUUUAUUUGUUGGAAAUUUUAACAUGGCCUUGAUAUUCCCAUUUAAGGUAGUUAAUUAAGGAUGAUAGCCUUGCGCAUCCAAUCUGCGCAAUUUGGAAUUAUUCAUAACCAAUAUACUUUUGUUAUGAUUAUUGGUACAAAAUAUCAAAAAUAAUAUAUUUGAUUUGAAAAAUACACGAAUCAUAUUGAAUUAAUGCUUAAUUUGUAAAAUUGUACAUUUUUUGGAUUUUACAAAAAAGGGAAAUAAUUCGCAUAUAUUGUGCAGGAGUGCCUUUGUUUUACUUCACUUUCCACAAAAUAUAAGCAAUGGACCAAUGUAUUAAUUAGUAAUAUUUUAUAAGCAUAUUAUGUAAGGCUACUAUUCUAGAAAGUUCUUUGACUAUAUAGGUAACAAAAUAUUUAUAUUUUUGCAGAAAAUUACUUUGAAAGUAUUAUCUCCCCUUUCCUGCCAAACACAAAUUACUAUAUAUUUUAUGCUGUAACUUUUGACAUAUCAAUUUUUAUGACUCUAAUUUGAAGCUAUCUAUUAAAUCAACAUAUACUUAAAAGUUUGAGGAAUAUUCUUUGUCCUGUUUGAGAGUUAUAUCACCUUAGUUGUAAAAUUUCGGUAUUUCCAUAUCCAGGGUAAAAUCAAGAAUUUUAAAGGAUGAUUUCAUUUAUGUUAACUGUGACAUAGGUUGUCAGAACUUAAUUUUGUUCAAAACAAAUAUUACACCUAAAAACAAAACAUGACAAGUGGGUUUAUAAUUCCACAACCAGUACCCUUGCUCCUUCUUUUCGCUACUAGGACCUUUCAGUUGAUUAUUAAUGCAUAUGUAAAAGGUAAAAGUCCCAAACAUGGUCCAUUUUUAAAGCUCUGUAUCUUUUAAAGUAUAUCCCUGACCCCAAAGUUUCUUUGCAAAUUUUGAUUGCUCAUUGAACAAAGUUUUAUUAUACAAAAUCUUGUUCACAUUAUAUGGCAAUGAUCAAGACCCCCCCCCCCCCCAAAAAAAAAAAAAUACCUUAACCCUGAGCGGUAGUUAGUGGUUAAAUAAUGAAUAUAAAGGACCAGGUCAUCUUAAAAUGACAACAAAUUAACUUUUUCAGGAAACAAUAUCUAUAUAAACAACACAUCUUAUUGUAAUCCACCACAAACAAAAGUAUUAAAAUGCGCAGCUACGAAAAGUGGUUUAUUGAGCAUUUAAACAGAGUUUAGCCAUAAAGCAAUUACAGCAAAUCAUAUUAGAAUGCAUUACUCGAAAUAUCAAUCAUAUCACAAUAUUAUGAGUUACAUUAAACUUAAAACUUUUGAAUGUAUAAAUGUUGUUUUGAUUAUCAUUUAUGUUUGAAGUUGUUAUCUGAUGUUUUUUUGAAUAUGCAUUGAUUUAUAAUAAUAAACUGUACGGUAAUUUC